UCCGGGGGUGGGGGGCAGACUGCCUAGCUCCGCCGCGGAGGUGGACAGUGGCCGCCUGACGACCGACCCGCCCGGCCGAGGGCCUGCGGCCAGCAUGGCGUCCGGCGGCGCUCCCGGGCUGAUGCGGCGCUGGCAGCUGCUCCUCAGCGGCGCCGCGCUGUUCCUGCUGCUGUUUUCGGCGGUCGCGGCGCAGGAGUCCGGAGCGGCUUGCUCCCAGAACACAAACAGAACCUGUGAGGAGUGCCUGAAAAAUGUCUCUUGUCUAUGGUGCCACACCAGCAAGGCGUGCUUGGACUACCCCGUGAGCAGGAUCCUGCCGCCCAGCUCCCUCUGUAAGCUGAGCUCCGCACGCUGGGGCGUGUGCUGGGUGAACUUCGAGGCGCUGAUCAUCACGCUGUCGGUGGUGGGGGGAGCCGUGCUCCUGGCCGUGGCCGUGUGCUGCGCCUGCUGCUGCUGCCGCGGGAAGAGGAGCCGCAAGCCGGACAAGAGCGAGGAGAGGGCGGCGCGGGAGCGCGAGGAGCGCCGGAUCCGGCAGGAGGAGAGGAGAGCAGAGAUGAAAUCGAGACACGAUGAAAUCAGAAAAAAAUACGGUUUGUUUAAAGAAGAAAACCCGUAUGCCCGGUUCGAGAACAACUGAGAGCACCGCCCGCCCCCACCCCUGCCGAGGACACAGCACAUGGCUGCCCGCGCCCUGCGAGCUUCUGUCCCCUUC